CUUUACCAAACAGCCUCUAAGUGUGACCUCACUCACUCUCACAAGUCACACCAUCCCCCUUCCCUCCUGUAAAAGGACGGAGAAUAAGAACUCAACGCAGUGAUCAUCUUAAACCCUAAUCUUCCUUCAAAUUUAAGCUGAAGAAAAUGUCGGAUAAAGGAGGAAAAGGGGGGAAAUCUGCGUUGAAAUCUCCAGAUGGUUCAGCUAAGUUGAAGGGAAGGAAAGUUCAGUUUGAUUCUGAAGAUAUGUUUGAUGAAAAGUUUGAGACAAAUGGAAAUGGGAAGUCAAAUGGGAAAGAUUCUGGCAAGGGGAAAGGUGGAAAGGCAGGACCUGCAAAGAAAGAACCUCCACAAGUUUUGCUCAAGGUUGAAGAAGAGCUUCCUGAGAAUGCCAAGUGUUUGAUGAACUGUGAAGCUGCUCAAAUCUUGCAAGGAAUCCAAGAUCACAUGGUGCUACUGUCCAAGGACCCCACAAUCAAAAUCCCAAGUUCAUUUGACAGGGCAUUGCAGUACGCCAACACGGGCAAUUUCUACACCGACCCGCAGUCUGUUAGACAAGUACUGGAAUCUCUUAAGAAACAAGACGUUUCUGAUGGCGAGAUAUGUGUCAUUGCAAAUACUGGAAUUGACACUACUGAGAAAGCGUUUGCUCUCAUGCCAUCAUUAAAGGCCAAGCAAAUCAAGGUAAUUGAACCGUUGAGUGCUGCAUUAACUGAGCUGACGAAGCUGAAGGAAAGCACUAUAGUGCUAGAUUGAAGUAACAUGUAUGAUGCAUUCUACUUUUAACCUAAAUAUCUGGCUGACUUUGACACUUUGGUAAAUGCUGACGUGGCUUUUAUUUUGUACCUGUUGAUUUUGAUAUAACAAUUGAUGUUUCGGGUCGGGUUUUU